AUGAGGAUGAGGAUGAGGAUGAGGAUGAGGAGGAUGAGGAUGAUCCCGUGCUGCCGGAGGCUGUCGGCUCCCCAGAUGUGAGCAGCUGGAGCGGAGCGGAGCGGUUCGGAGCGGGGCCCGGUCCUCCGGGAGGAGCCGAGCCAUGAGCCACAGUCACGCCGCCGUCCGGCAGCAGAGCUCGGACAACAACUCGGUGAGCAGCAGCGAGUGGGACAUGGCGAGCGACGUGUUCGUGUGCGGCUACGAGGACGGCCCGAGGCCGGGCGGAGCUCCGGCGGCGGAGCGGGACCCGGAUCCGGUACCGGAGCCGGUGCCGGGGCCGCUCCGGCCCGGCCUGGACCCGCUGGCGCAGGGCGGCAUGCUGGGCCUGGAGCGGGACGAAUAUUCUGGAUCCUCGUUCCUCGACGUCGGCCUGAGCUACACCGAGAGCGACGGCAGCGUGAGCAGCAAGAAGCGGGUCCGGUCCAACAGCUCCCGGCACCGCGGGGAGAUCGUGACGGAGCUCGGCCCGGAGGAGAUCCGCUGGUUCUACCGGGAGGACAAGCGGACCUGGAAGCCCUUCAUCGGCCACGACUCGCUGAAGAUAGAGACGGUGUACCGGAGGAUGACCGAGCCCGCUCCGGGCCCCCCCGCCGGGACCGAGGAGGUCCGGUCCGAACCGGACGGCGGGGCCGGCGGGGCGGACCGAGCCGAGCCGGCGGAGCCGCGGGGCGGGGAGCCCCGCAGCCCGGAGUCCGAGCGGCCCCGCGGGGGGGACCGCGGCGGGGAGGCGGUGUGUGUCCGGGGGGGGCUCUACGAGGUGGACCUGAAGGACAAGGAGUGCUACCCGGUCUACUGGAACCAGCAAGACCGCAUCCCCGUGAUGAGGGGCCAGUGGUUCAUCGACGGGUCCUGGCUUCCUCUGGAGGAGGACGAGAGCGACGUGAUCGAGCUGGAGCACCUGGCCCGAUUCCGGGGCCAGCAGAUGAGGGACACCUACGAGAUGGAGGAGGUGACGGCCGCCGUGGACAGCCGGGACGCCGUCCACAGUCUGAAGCUGAGCCGCAGCCAUGUGGACUGGCACAGCGUGGACGAGGUGUACCUGUACAGCGACGCCACCACCUCCAAGAUCGCACGCACCGUCACGCAGAAGCUGGGCUUCUCUAAAGCCUCCAGCAGCGGGACGCGGCUCCACCGGGGCUACGUGGAGGAGGCGGCGCCGGAGGACACGCCGCCCGACACCACCCACAUCGUGUUCGUGGUGCACGGCAUCGGCCAGAAGAUGGACCAGGGCCGCAUCAUCCGGAACACCAGCAUGAUGAGGGACGCCGCCAGGAAGAUGGAGGAGAAGUACUUCGCCGACCGCGUGACGGAGCACGUGGAGUUCCUCCCGGUGGAGUGGAGGUCCAAGCUGUGUCUGGACGGAGACACGGUGGACUCCAUCACGCCGGACAAAGUGCGCGGCCUCCGAGACAUGCUGAACAGCAGCGCCAUGGACAUCAUGUACUACACCAGUCCUCUGUACCGGGACGAGAUCACCAGGGGUCUGACCCUGGAGCUGAAUCGCCUCUACUCGCUCUUCUGCUCGCGGAACCGGGACUUCGAGAAGAACGGGAAGGUGUCCAUCGUGUCCCACUCGCUGGGCUGCGUCAUCACCUUCGACAUCAUGACCGGCUGGGACCCGGUCCGCUUCCACCACCACGUGGCCCCGGAGGCCCGGGCCCCCGCGGCCCGCUGGGGCAGCGGCGAGGAGCGCCGGCUGCAGGAGCAGCUGAGACUCACCCACCUCAGGCUCAGAGACCUGGAGGACCAGUUCCAGGGUCUGCAGACCUCCGCCUGUGUCGCCGUUCCAGCUUUGAAAUUCAAAGUGGAGAAUUUCUUCUGCAUGGGCUCUCCUCUUGCAGUUUUCCUGGCACUGCGGGGAAUUCGGCCGGGAAACAACAGAGCGCAGGACCACAUCCUCCCCACGUCCAUCUGCAAGCGCCUCUUCAACCUGUUCCACCCGACGGACCCUGUGGCCUACAGGCUGGAGCCGCUGAUCCUGAAGCACUACAGUAACAUCGCCCCGGUGCAGAUUCACUGGUACAACACCAGCAGCCCCACGCCGUACGACCAGAUCCGGCCCACCCUCCUCAACCCGCAGAAGGACGCCGUGUCGGCGUCGGUGUCGGCGUCGGACUCGGAGAGCAUCCCCAGCCCCUGCACCUCGCCCCCCCAGGCCAGGCGCCACUACGGAGAGUCCAUCACCAGCCUGGGCAAAGCCAGCAUCAUGGGUGCUGCCAGUCUGGGGAAAGGCAUCGGAGGAAUCCUCUUCUCCCGCUUCUCCCGGUCCGGCGUCCCGGCGGGCGGCGUGGAGGAGGAGCCGUGCGACGGCGAGGGCGGAGCCACAGAGGUGGAGGCCGUGCCGGGGGAGGAAGGAGUCACGCUGAAAGACGAGGAUGAGGAGGAGGAGGAGGAGGAGGAGGAAGAGCCGGAGCCGGAGCCCGCCGUGUCGGAGUCCCCGGCAGCCGUCCUGGACAGCGCCGCCCUGGAGCUGGAGCGCCGCAUCGACUUCGAGCUGCGGGAGGGCCUGGUGGAGAGCCGCUACUGGUCGGCCGUCACGUCGCACACGGCCUACUGGUGCUCCUACGACGUGGCGCUCUUCCUGCUCACCUUCAUGUACCGGCCGCUGGAGCCGCCCGAGCCGCCCGACGACGCGCCGGGCUCUCCCUGAGCCCCCGGCACCCCGGGCCGCCCCCCUUUUCUACUCUGACUCUAUUUUUUUAACUUGUUUCCAGCUGACCUCUGACCUCUGACACUCUGAGAGCAGAGCUCAGACGAAGUGAAUCCGUCUUCUCCUGUUUUCAGAAUGUGAUCGUGAAAACAGAAAUCUGUGAAAAAAACUCUGGAAAUGUGAAGUGAAGAAAACCAGGAGGAGGGUUAAAUCUCACGUUAAAUCAUGUUCUCACUUUGACUUAUUCAACGUUUACGGCCAUGUGAGGAAAUCCAAGGAUGAAAUGCAGACUCCGAUACAAACUGUAUCUUUAUGUUGGCGAUGUUCCUCGUUUUGUGGAGACAGUCACACUCUCAGCUGUGAUCUUUCCUCCUGUUUUAUUUUCAGAAAUAACGGUCGAUAUCAUUUUUUAUUUGGACUUCAGAUCACUCAUUGAUUUCUAAUAUUCACUGUUUGAGAGGGCUAAUUGAUUUUUAUUUAUUUUGUGUGAGACGUUGAAUCUCUGUAGAGAAAUACUUGACCAAGACGAGCAGGUUUCCAGUAUUUCACACACAGGAACACCUGUUCAGAGGGAAAACCCUCUUAUUUGAGUCAUAAACUACCAAAAGAGUGAAGCAGCAGCCACAGACACAUGACUUUAAUACUGAUGUUCAGCUUUUUUCCUUUGGAACGACAAUAUUGACACUGAAAAUCCAACCUGAGGCCAAAUGUUUGCUAUGUGCCAACGGACAAGUUCCUCUUGUCACCUACAGCUCGUCUCCAUGAACAAUUAGACAGGAAAUACUUUCUUUUUUGCACUGAGACUAUGGAAAAUUAACACCCAUGCAAAUAUUCUGCUUUUUUUUUAUUUGAACGUAUUCAUUAAACUGAGGUGCAGAAACUCAAACAUGUUUACAAGCUGCAGAUCCUACAAACACUUAAUUUCAACGAUUCAGAGAGGACUGAUGACUUUUCAUUGUUCAUCCUGUUUUCUUACUUUGACAUGUUGCACUUUGUUUAUUGGUUAUUAUUGUUGGGAGACGCUGCCAGGAUUCUUUUGCAGUUACAUCUAAAU